AGGAGAUCAUCAAGGUGAUCACUGAGCAGUAUGUUCCUGUCGACAACACUUGUGUUUUCGAUGGUAUCAAGAGCAAGAGCACCGUGUUCAGGGUCUAAGAAAGUAGCCAAUUGUUUCCGUAUAUGGCUCCAUAAAGGUUCUCGGGUUUGCAAUCAACAAACAAUGAGCUAUGGCAAAGUUGUCGUUUCAGAGAUUGGCGACUUCGCAUUGGAUUUUAUGGAGAUAAGGCUACAUCCUUACUUACAGUUGCAACGAAUGCAGUCGACAUUGGAUAUGAGUAUGGCACAGGGGAUUGGCAGAAGAAGAGUCGAAUUUGCCUGCAGCCAACACUGAAACAACGUGAUUGCCUGGUGUUGGGUAGAUUGAUAGUCGACAAUUCAAUUCGAAGAACAGACCGAAUAGCCACGAAGAUCAAAUCGGUAUUACUAUCAAA